AACACAAAUACAAUACAACCAGCACUCUCUCUCUCUCUCUCUCUCUCUCUCUGGCCAGUGUAUGAAAACCGAAGCGAAAACAUGCUUUAACACGUGCCUUAUCAAUCUCAUUCUUCACUUUCAAAGACUUUUCUAUUGACUCAGUUACUUCAUUCUUCUUCUCCUCACCACACUUCUCAACAAAUCUCUCAAGAGAGAGAAACAGUAACAUUAACAUAAAUAGAGAGAGAAAGAGAGAGUUUUUUUUUUUUUUUUUUGUUUCAAUGAAAGGGGAAAUAAAAAUGAAGUCAAAAAUGAAAUGGGUUGGUCUUAUUGGGAUUGUUCUAUCAGCUUUUUCAAUCUUCAUUCACUUUCUUCUAGCUAGAUUCACUGAACUUGGUGUUUCAGAUUAUCAAUCUUCAGUUACAAUCUUCUCUUGGAGACCCAUCUUUGAUAAAACAGAUUUUCCUACUAAUAGUGCUUCAUAUAGAAGAUUAUGGGGACAGGUAAAGCGUCUUGAAUCUUUGUAUCCAGAUUCAAAUCCAAGAGGGUAUUAUUCUGAUCCUGGUUCACAAACCAACGGGUUUAUUUUUGUCCGGAUACAAGGUGGUUUUCACGAGAUCAGGAAUUCGAUAGCCGAUGUGGUUGUCGUUGCUAGACUUCUUAAUGCUACAUUAGCAAUGCCUGAAAUCCAAUCAACAACCAGCACCAAGGGAAUAAGCUCUCAGUUCAAGAGUUUUGCGUAUCUAUAUAACGAGGACCAAUUUAUAUUCUCAUUAGCAAAAGAUGUCAAAGUUGUGAGAACUCUUCCAAAAUAUCUAAAAGGUGCAAGAAGAAAGAAGGAGAUUCCGGUGUUUAAAGUUCCAUAUUCGGCAUCACCUUUUUAUUAUUUCCAUCAUGUUCUCCCUAUAUUAAAGAAGCAUUCAGUGGUUGAACUGGUUGUUUCCAAUGGCGGAUGCUUGCAGGCCAUUCUCCCUCCCAAUUUUGAAGAAUAUCAAAGGCUGAGAUGCCGAGUUUCUUUUCAUGCUCUUCAGUUCCGUCAGGAAGUUCAGGAACUUUCCGCUAAGGUUUUACAGAGAUUACGAGCUCCUAGUCGUCCAUUCAUUGCUUUUGAUCCUGGCAUGACGAGAGAGUCUUUAGCUUAUCACGGUUGUGCUGAACUUUUUCAGGAUGUACAUACUGAACUCAUUCAACAUAAAAGAACAUGGAUGAUAAAACGUGGGAUUGUCAAAGGGAAGCUUUCAGUCAACUCAGCUGAAGCAAGACUCAAUGGAUCUUGUCCUUUAAUGCCUGAGGAGAUUGGUAUACUUCUGCGUGCCUAUGGAUACUCGAAGGAUGCAAUUAUAUAUGUAUCUGGAGGAGAAGUCUUUGGUGGUCAAAGAACAUUGAUUCCUCUUCAUGCGAUGUUUGAAAAUGUUGUUGAUAGAACUUCUCUUACUACACCUUGGGAGAUGAUUAAGAUAUACGGGCAAGAAGUUAACCUUGUUAAUCCUCCUCCGGGACCACCACCUUUCGAAGAAGUUAAAAAGCUUGCAGCUUGGAAGAACGCAGGUCCACGUCCUCGUCCACUUCCUCCACCUCCAGCAAGGCCGAAAUCGUAUAACAUAGAGGGUUGGUGGGGUUGGGUAGCCGAAAGUGAUAAUGAACCUGAUAGCACAGUAAUGGAACUGAGGACCAAUGCUCAUAAAUUACUAUGGGAGGCUAUUGAUUAUGCUGUUUGUGUUGAAGCCGAUGUGUUCAUCCCCGGAUUUGACCGUGACGGGAAAGGGCAUUCGAAUUUCGCUAGCCUGGUGAUGGGGCACAGGCUAUAUCAGUCGGCUGCGUCAAAGACAUUUAGACCCAACAGAAAGGAAGCUGCUAAAUUUGUAGACGAGAUUCGUGAACACAUGUAUCAAGCAAAUCGUACGUGGCUAAAAUCAGUUCGCAGACAUUUGAGAAAAUCAUUACUUGAUGGAAUCAUAGAAGCAUCAAGUAAAUCAAAACCAUUAUCCUUUCUCUCUCAUCCAAUUCCGGAAUGUUCUUGUUUGCGGCAUGACUCCUUUGAAGCAUCAAAGAAUUCUUCUAUUCCUUUAUCUCUUGGUGUCACUCACCAGUGUCCUGCAUGGAUGGACACCGGUUCUGUUUCUCAAUCGAAAGAUAAAGAAAACGAUGAUGAUGGUGAUGACGAUGAUUCUGUAUCCGGUUUAUUCUUUAAACAAAGUGGUGGAAAUAAUGAAGGUGAAGCAGAAGUAAACACUAAAGAAGAAAAUCAAUUUGAGGAUCAAGAAGAGCUCGAGGGUGGCGAUAGAUGACAUCUAAGAUAAUAUGUUGUUGAUGGUUCAUCCGACAUUCGAUAAUGGAUUCACAUUCUCCGGAUUCAUGUACAUAACUGGUUGUUGCUACAAAUGCUUCAUCCCAGAUUUAGUUUUGGGCGAGGAAAGGAAUAAAGCCAUUAAUAUUUUGCCUCACUCGAAAACAUGGUUUUAAAUUGCGGUCACACAGUUAUGCUGCAAACUUUUAUAUCGUGGCAAAAUGCGGAAACAUGUUGCCGACGUGGUCAAAACUACAGUUGUGAUGCCAUAGCAAAACUAUUUCGUCCGCAAUUGCAGGCCUCAGUUUAAAACCAUGCUCAGGAAACCAUUUAAUACUAGAGAAUAAUCUAUAUAACAUAGGUGUAUUUUUUUUUUGGCUAAGUUAGCUCAAGUCCUUAAAUAUACAUUCCAUGCUAAUUUAUUGAUAAUAUAUCAGUUUUGGUGUAAACUUGAUGACCCUCCUAGCUAAUAUUAGGAUUAAGUUCAGUUUGACUGUAUUUUAUUGAUGCAGCACUGAGAACUCAACUGCAUUUUUGUAUCUUAUAAGAGUAGUAAUUUUAAUUUCAUCCAUUCCAUUUA